AUGGGGAGUGAACAAACGAGGGAGCAUUCAGUGGAUGCUGAUGAAAGUGUACCUGAAAAUGAUCAAGCUUUAUUAGAUUUGUUGUUGGAGUUUCACAAGUUGUUUGAAGAACCUAGUGGUCUACCACCUGCCAGGGGGGUGUUUGAUCAUAGGAUUGUCCUGCAAGCUGGAACUGAACCUACGAAUAAAAGACCUUACAGAUACCCUUUCAUUAAGAAGGAUAUUAUAAAAGAGUACAAAAGAAGAGUUGAUAAUAAAGUGGCCUAUGCCUUGUCAAGAGUCACUGGAGCUGAGUUGCUAGCCUUGUUCAUUUCACAUACAAAUACUGAUCUGUUUCAAGCUAUUGUAGCUAGUUGGGAUGUUGAUGUUGAUCUGCAAAAGCUCAUUACAGACUUACAGCAGAAUCCUACAACUCACAAAUGCCUAGAGACGUACUUGAGAUGCUACUGCAAUAAGGAUGCAUCAAAUUGGUUUUCUUGUCUUCCUAUGGCUGAGUAUUGGUAUAAUACCUCUCAUCAUUCAGCUAUUCAGAUAACAUCGUAUGAGGCUUUGUAUGACAGACCUCCACCACUACAUUUGCCUUACCUUCCUGGUGAAUCAGCUUCAGCUGAAAUUGAUAACAACCUGCUGAAUAGAGAGCUCAAACUUCAGUUGCUUAAGCACCACCUUACCAGAGCCCAGAUAAGAAUGAAACAACUGGCUGAUGCUCAUAGAACUGAUAGGAAUUUUGAGGUGGGAGACUGGGGUUACUUCAAGAUUCAUCCCUACAAGCAGGUUACUAUCACUAAUCAUGCCUCACACAAGCUAGUUACUAAGUUUUAUGGACCUUUUCAGAUCAUUAAAAGAGUUGAUCCGGUUGCCUACACUCUUUUGCUACCUGAGUCUGUUAAGAUACAUUCUACUAUCCAUGUUUCUCUGUUAAAGAAAUGCUAUGAGUUGCCUCCACAGAUCUCCUAUCCUCCUACAGUUGACUUGGCAAAUCCUCAUUAUCCUGAACCUGAGCUAGUCUUACAAAGAAGGAUGGUAAAGAAAAGGAAUAAGGCUGUUGCACAGGUGUUGAUCAAGUGGACUGGUCUACCUGCUGAUGUUGCUAGAAUUUGCUAG